AAGCGAGUAGUCGUGUGUGCGUGUGAUGGCCUUAAAAGAAAACAGCAAAGGCAGACAAAUAAUCAAAAGCGAGAGAAAACUAGUUUAAUAACAAUUAAUUAUUAGUGAGCACGUAACCCACAGCAAUUGGCCGACCUCCCGCUCAUCCUGUUAUUCACCCAGCUGCCCGCGUGCCUUGCCCACCCAAUUCCAUAAUUCCGCCGGCGGCGAAUUUAGAACGACACACCAAAUUGAAAAAAUAAUAAUACAAAUAAUAAAACCACACCAAUAACAGAUUUCGUAACUCGUAAAUCGAAGGACAGUGAGAGAAAAAAUCGUUAACAAAAAUAUAAGCGCACACUUAUAUUUUUAACACGCGGCAAAGUUGCGUGCGUGGGGGUGAGAGUGAAAAAUGUAAAAACAGAAUACGAAAAACGUUUCCCAGUGUUGUUGUUUGCUCCUUGUUUUGUUUGGAUAACUCGCACUAACACCAACACAAAGGAUUACCAUGUCCUACACCGAGUUGGAAUCAGGGUACCAGGAUAUAUCCCAGCAGCAUCAGCAGCAAAAUCCGCAUCAAAGUCAGCCGCAGCAGCGGGUCGGUUUCUACUUGGGAUUACAGGAUGGCAACGGCGACACGGACUUCGGAGACAGCAAUGACGGGAUGGACUCCGACACGAGCACCUCUUCCAGCAACAGCAAGCAGGUGGUUGUCGGCAUCUGCGCGAUGGCCAAGAAGACACAGUCAAAGCCAAUGAAGGAGAUCCUGACACGUCUUGGAGAAUUCGAGUUCAUCAAACUGGUGACGUUCGAGGAGAACGUUAUCCUGCGAGAACCGGUCCAAAAUUGGCCCACCUGCGACUGCCUGGUAUCGUUUCACUCGAAAGGCUUUCCCCUAGAGAAAGCCAUCGAGUAUGCCCAGCUUAGGAAUCCAUUUGUGCUGAAUAAUCUGCAUAUGCAGUACGAUAUUCAGGACAGGAGAAGAGUGUACGCCAUUCUGGAGAAGGAGGGUAUUGAGAUUCCGCGCUAUGCCGUCCUCGAUCGUGAUUCGCCGGACCCUAAACACCAUGAGCUUAUUGAGUCCGAGGACCAUGUGGAGGUCAAUGGUAUUACCUUUAACAAGCCGUUUGUUGAGAAGCCUGUGUCGGCGGAGGACCACAACAUAUACAUAUAUUACCCGACGUCGGCGGGGGGAGGAAGUCAGCGACUUUUCCGAAAGAUCGGCAGCCGGAGCAGCGUGUAUUCUCCGGAAUCAAGGGUGCGAAAGACAGGAUCAUUUAUCUACGAGGACUUUAUGCCCACCGAUGUGUACUUUUCAGGCACGGAUGUCAAGGUGUACACCGUGGGACCAGACUACGCCCAUGCCGAAGCACGUAAAAGUCCCGCGUUGGAUGGCAAAGUAGAGCGCGACAGCGAAGGAAAAGAGAUUCGCUAUCCAGUGAUCCUCAAUCAUUCCGAGAAGCUAAUCUCACGGAAGGUGUGCCUGGCCUUUAAGCAAACCGUCUGUGGAUUUGAUUUGUUGCGAGCCAACGGAAAGAGCUAUGUUUGCGAUGUUAACGGCUUUAGCUUCGUGAAGAACUCGAACAAGUACUAUGAUGAUUGUGCCAAAAUACUGGGCAACAUGAUUCUCAGGGAGCUAACACCUACCCUGCACAUACCCUGGUCAGUGCCCUUUCAAUUAGACGAUCCCCCCAUUGUGCCCACUACUUUCGGCAAAAUGAUGGAGCUGCGCUGCGUGGUGGCCGUAAUUAGACAUGGCGAUCGCACGCCCAAACAAAAAAUGAAGGUUGAGGUGCGGCAUCCCAAAUUUUUCGAGAUCUUCGAGAAGUACGACGGCUACAAGCUGGGCCACGUUAAGCUAAAGCGACCCAAACAGCUUCAAGAGAUUUUGGACAUCGCCCGCUUCCUGCUAAGCGAGAUCCACACCAAAGCUCAUGCCGAGAUUGAGGAAAAGGAAAGCAAGCUUGAGCAGCUUAAGAACGUUCUGGAGAUGUACGGUCACUUUUCGGGCAUAAACCGGAAGGUUCAAAUGAAAUACCAACCAAAGGGACGUCCACGUGGCUCCAGCUCCGAUGAUACCAAUCUAGCAGCGGAUCAACCAGUGGAACCUUCCCUGGUCCUCAUCCUCAAGUGGGGCGGCGAACUGACUCCAGCAGGCCGCAUCCAGGCGGAGGAGUUGGGUCGCAUAUUUCGGUGCAUGUAUCCAGGUGGCCAAGGAAGAUCGGAUUACUCGGGCACCCAAGGACUAGGUUUGCUAAGAUUGCACUCGACGUUCCGGCAUGACUUGAAGAUCUACGCCUCAGAUGAGGGUCGUGUCCAGAUGACGGCUGCCGCUUUUGCAAAGGGUUUGCUGGCCCUGGAAGGAGAACUUACUCCCAUUUUGGUCCAGAUGGUAAAGAGUGCCAAUACAAAUGGACUGCUGGACAAUGAUUGCGACUCCAGCAAGUACCAAAACUUGGCUAAAGGUCGCCUACACGAGCUUAUGCAAAACGAUCGAGAGUUCUCUAAGGAGGAUCGUGAGCUGAUUAAUCCUUGCAAUAGCAAAUCGAUUACCCAGGCUCUGGAUUUUGUAAAAAAUCCUGUUGACUGCUGUCACCACGUACACCUGCUUAUUCGCGAGCUUCUUCACAUUAUCAGCAUCAAAAAGGAUGAUCCAAAGACCAAGGACGCCAUCUUAUAUCACGGCGAGACGUGGGACCUGAUGCGUUGUCGCUGGGAAAAAAUUGAGAAGGAUUUUAGCACCAAAUCGAAGCUGUUUGACAUCUCAAAGAUACCAGAUAUAUAUGAUUGCAUCAAAUACGAUCUGCAACAUAAUCAGCACACGUUGCAAUACGAUCAGGCGGAGGAGCUAUACAUCUAUGCGAAGAAUCUGGCUGAUAUAGUCAUACCACAGGAGUAUGGACUGACGCCACAGGAGAAACUGGCAAUUGGUCAAGGUAUCUGCUCCCCAUUACUGAGAAAGAUCAAGGGCGAUCUGCAGCGAAACAUCGACGAAGUGGAAGACGAGUUUAUGAACCGUUUGAAUCCACAUUAUAGCCAUGGUGUUGCUAGCCCUCAGAGGCAUGUUCGUACAAGGCUCUAUUUUACCAGCGAAUCGCAUGUUCACUCGCUGCUCACCGUUUUGCGUUAUGGAGGAUUGCUCAAUGUGGUCACAGAUGAGCAGUGGCGUCGGGCUAUGGACUAUAUUUCGAUGGUAUCGGAGCUCAACUAUAUGUCCCAGAUCGUUAUCAUGCUCUACGAGGAUCCGACCAAAGAUCCAACUUCUGAGGAACGCUUCCAUGUCGAACUGCACUUUAGUCCGGGUGUUAAUUGCUGUGUGCAAAAGAAUCUACCACCAGGUCCGGGAUUUCGCCCGCAUUCGCACGGCGAUAAUGCUUGCAAUGUAAGUUUGCAAUCCUCGGACGAGUCAAAUCCUGCCAGAAUCGAGGAGGAGAAUGACUCGAAUUCAGGAGAAGAACGGGAGGGCAAAAAGCGAGGGACCUCAGGCCAAAGGAGUACGGAUCGCAGUGCGGAACGCAUCUCCCCUGCUUUCGGAUUCAAUCGAUUAGAGCUCAGAUCCAAGCAGUUCAAAUCGAAACCUAUCCCCAUCGGAGCCCAUCACACGGUCAGUGGCCAUGAAGCAAUGGAUCUAGCCAAGCGGCUAAACGAGGAGCUGGCAUCGCACCAACAGCAGCAAAACCAGCAGCUUCGACCCAUCAGUCCGGAUAUAAGGGCAGUAACUCCUGACUGCGAACCACGCUCCCGGAGUUUUGAGCAGCGUCCAACGUCCGGCGUAUGUGCCAAAGAACCGGAUAGCCAAGUCUCGGUGUCGGUCUCGGCAUCGGUGUCAUCGGCCAACGCAUCCACGUCGUCGCGUCGCCAAAGACACAGUAUUGCCGGCCAGAUGUCCUAUAUGAAAAUGUUGGGUUUCGGUGGUUUUAGCAAAAAGAUGGCCACCAGCGCAAAUAGCCUUUUCAGCACCGCCGUCAUCAGCGGCAGCUCGUCCGCUCCAAAUCUUCGCGACAUGAUAACGGUCUCCUCUUCCGGAUUUGGCGAUGUACCACCAAUCCGCCCGCUGGAGACACUGCACAACGCCCUUUCGCUGCGCAAGCUGGACAGUUUCUUGCAGGACAUGAUCCUGGCGCAGAUCUUUAAGACGCCGACAGGGUCCCCGCCGCGGGGCUUCUCUAAGAAUACCUUGCCAGCGGUUUCCUCGAUGACUCUAACCGCCUCAAAUCAGACAGAGGUUGUCGAACAUGAGCCGAUAUCAACGACCGUAACGCCCACCUUUGACCGGCGUGGCAGCGAGUCCGGAUCCACAGCGGAUGCCCAUCUGCGUCUUCUUUCGGAGAGCCAGUGCCCUAAUCUGGACGAUAGCAACACCGAGCUGCGAGAAUCGCUGGCUGGAAAAAUGGAGCUUUGGCCACAGGACAUUGUGAAGGCAGCCGAGGAUGAGGAAUUAAACCUGUCAGAAUUGGAAACAAAACCAAGCUUGGACCUUACCAUGGAGAUUAUGGAGCGCGGGGUCGCGGGUAUCGCCUCCAUCCAGCCAAUGAAUCGGGACAGCGAUGAAACGAUGGGCGGUGGAGUCUUUCUGAGUGUUUGUGAGGAACAGGGCAGCGGAAGCACCUGCCUUACACCAGUUAGUUUUGGGAUGGAUCUCGACCUGAGCAUGGUGGCUAACAAGGGCUCCAUUACGCUGUCAAUGGAAGGGUUCGAUGAUGAUGAAGAUGCCACUUUGUCGGCGGCCACAACACCUUCCCUUUUGGCGGACUGUGAGCCGCGCCUGGAGAGUUGCUAUUGUUGCCCCAGCCAUGCAGAGGCCCCGCCUGAGGUUCCCAGCGAUGAUCCACGGUUUGGCUUUGCGCUGCCCGUUCGAGUCACACAAGCUUCACCGGAGCAUGCGCGACCUGUGCGCCGUGCUCAUGAUCCCGUCUCGCCAAGGAUCCAGAAACAGAUCAGCUUGUUCGAGGGAAACGCGGCUAUGGCAACGGGUCAGGAAAAGACUGAGUCCAGCGGGUCGGUUGGGGGCGGUGCAAUUCUGCACGCCUCCAUUAACCUGCCGGCGGCGGGACCGCAUCAUUUGCGCCAAGAUGCUCGCCUGCGCAAGUUUGAGAACCUCACGCAGUCCACAUCAAACUCGAACUUUCCCUUCGAAAGCAACACGCUGAAGCGGGUGCCCAUGCAGACCACCAAAGACUACGACAACGUGAGCCACACACAGAGCUGCAUAAAUCUCAAAAGUGGCAGCAGUGGAGUCCUCGGGGGAUCGCCGCAGCGUCAGAGAGGAUCCGAUGGAGGAGGCGUAGGUGCAAGUGGAGUCCCGGCAGAGAGCCGGGAGCCGACGCGGGUGCAUUAUGGACGGAUGAACAGUACAUGCUGCUCUGCCUCGGCAUCGCCGUCCCCCUCCCCGGGGGCGCUGAUUGUCAAGGAGCGGUUCAUCGAACCGCCCAAGCGCGGUGUCGUGCGCGGAUACCAUGGCAAAACGCAGUCCAUGGACGCCGACUUCCUGUUCAACGAGUUUCUACUGCUGCCGGCCAUGGCGCCCGCCAAGAUAUCCUUUGAUAGUUCCGAUAUAGACCAGGCCAGCGAUGACGACUCCCCGAGCAGCUCGAAACAAAGGCACGCUUAAAUAUCAAUCGAACUCCAGAUCCUUAAAGCACUCGCAUCCCUAAGCCGCGCCAAUGUAACUAACACAAGCUAUCGCCACAGCGGUUGCCAUUGGAAAUUCGAGUUAUCGCAUAGAUUCACUCGCUUACGCACUUUUUAAUUAAUUAAUCAAACUGUUUGUUGUUGUUGUUGGGCCAAGAAAAUACAAAUAAAAGGCUUAUCUCUAUUUUUGUCCAUAAUAAGAUUGUUUUGCCAAAUGCUGUCACUCCAAAAGUUGAAGUCUGUUGAAGUUUUCCAGUUAUUAUUUUUCACUCCCUGCAACAUCAGGCAUGCGAAGCGAUGCGGACCAUAACUCAGACGCAUGCCCCGAAAACGCCCUCAUCCAAAGGCCCAAAACUAUCAGUGGGUGCCACAUAAAAGCCAAAUGCAUAUCUUAUGCAAACGUGCUUGCCAUACGCAAUUUAGAAUUCGCAAUGACACACCGAAUGUGGAUCGAGGUUGACAAGUGAAACCGCGUCGCCAUAUCCGUAGAACAGGUAGGUCGUUGACAGCCGCCAAUCGUACUUUCACUUGGCUGGUCCGAGCAUUAGCAUGGCAUCAUCGCUGCAGGCCAUCUCCAUCACCCGGCUUCAUCGACUUCAUUACCAUGAUCAUUGUUACCGUCCCGCAGGCGGGCGACUGUUGCCGCUCGUUGAGUAAU